AUGGCUUCCCUGCGACGCACCAAGAACUUCGCCAACGAUGGCCAAACUCCCAUUUUCUUGUACACCAUCCUCAAGCAGUUGGAUCUCAGAUCGAUCGACUGGAACCUGGUUGCAAGCAGUCUUGAUAUCUCCAACGGCCAUGCAGCGCGGAUGCGAUACAGCCGGAUGAGAGGGCAAUUUGAGGGUCUCUCCAAUCAGCCUAAGGCCCCCAAGGCCAGAAAGGAGAAAGAUGGCGAAAGCAAAGCCUCCAAGGAGAAAGCGAAGGGCAAACGACUGCUUUUGGAAGAGGAGAAUGAACGGCUUGCCAAACAGCGGACCGCGGAGCACAAUGGCUCCAAAAAGGCCAGGCUCGAACCAUCUCCAUAUAUCGACACCUCUGCAGCCCGUUCCAUGAUGAACACAGGCCAGCAGUAUGUGAGUCCAAUGUGGAGUCAGCCAAUUGUCAAGCUGGAACCAUCGUCUGGAUACCCGAGUCUUGCCAACAACAACCCGUCUUGUUCCACUGUCAUCAAGAAAGAACCCGACACAUCAGCAACGAGUCUCCACAAUCCCCGUUCCACCUCGCCUGUGGUCAAGCAAGAGCCAGCGACAAUCCCUAUGGCCAACCAGGAGGUUUCCGCGGCGGCUCCUAGUGUCGUCAAGAAGGAAUCAGAUGCGGUCGUGUCACAUGGCGCCUUUGCUGCGUUGAAUGCGUACAAUUCCCCUUCUCCAGCCACAAGCUAUCGUUUGUCCAACCUCGCAGGUCCUUAUAUGAACAGCCUGGACCCAUCGCAUUACAUGAAUUCACUUCCACUCGCAAUGGUUUCGAACACGACGUCCUCUGCAUAUCCGAUGCCACAGACCACGCCAGGUUACACAUAUCAUCCAUUUCUGUAUCACAAUGCAGGUCCAUGGGCACAGUCGAUUGCCGACCACAAUGUGCCAACCAACCCUAUCGCGCCUACAGCCGACAAUAUGACCCUCAAUCCCCUUGCCAAUUCAUACGAAGAAUUGUUGAAUCUCCCGUUGUAUGUUCGUCAAGCAGGCCCUACUGAUGUUCAGCCCCCGGCUUUCCAUGACGGUAGCCAUGCCCUUGCACAAUCGACGGACAACAAGUCGGACUACGCCCUGCAUGGCAGCCGCUCUGUCGGAGUGACUGGCCUAGGAACGAACGAUCACACUGUCGAAGCGGUCGAAGUCAACCCGGUGGUCAACUCGAAUGCCGCAGAAUCAUUGCCAGAUGGGGCCCUUUCCAAUCUCUAUGAUGCAUCAUCGGCAGCUACCAUUGAAAUCGAAUCUGACGCUGAAUGCGAGGUUGAGACGGACGAUGUUGGUAUGGGGGACGGAGAUGGCAGGGACGAGGAGACGGAGCCUGUGGAAGCUUGGUGA